AUGGCAGGCGGCCACCGCCUCCUGCUGGAGAACGCGCGGCAAGUGGUGCUGGUGUGCACCCGCGGCGAGCGCUUCCUGGUGGGCGAUGCUCUGCGCAGCCUAGCGGUGCUGGAGGGCGCCAGCCUGGUGGUGGGCACUGAUGGGUUUAUAAAAGCUAUUGGUCCUGCUGAUGCUAUCCAAAGACAGUUUUCCGAAGACACUUUUGAAGAAAGAAUUGACUGCUCUGGGAAAUGUAUCCUACCAGGUUUGGUGGAUGCCCACACACAUCCCGUAUGGGCUGGUGAAAGAGUCCAUGAGUUCGCAAUGAAGUUGGCAGGAGCCACAUACAUGGAUAUUCACCAGGCUGGAGGCGGGAUCAACUUCACGGUGGAGCGCACUCGCGAAGCCUCCGAGGAGGAGCUGUUCGGCUCUUUCCUGCAGCGGCUUCAGUGCAUGAUGAGGGCUGGCACCACGCUGGUGGAGUGCAAGAGCGGAUACGGCCUCAACCUGGAGACCGAGCUCAAGAUGCUGCGCGUGAUCGAGCGUGCCCGGCGAGAGGGGCGCAUCGGCAUCUCGGCCACUUACUGCGGGGCUCACUCAGUGCCCAAAGGAAAAACUGCCAAGGAAGCUGCUGAUGACAUCAUCAAGAACCAUCUCCCAAAGCUGAAGGCACUUGGCAGAGAUGGGGAAAUACGUGUUGACAAUAUAGACGUGUUCUGUGAGAAGGGCGUCUUUGAUCUGGAUUCUACCAGAAGGAUUCUUCAAAGUGGAAAAGAGAUGGGGUUACAGAUUAACUUCCAUGGGGAUGAGCUGCACCCAGUGAAGGCUGCUGAGCUUGGAGCUGAACUGGGAGCCCAGGCAAUCAGCCACCUGGAAGAAGUGAGUGAUGCAGGCAUCACUGCCAUGGCAACGGCCAGGUGUGCCGCGGUCCUUCUGCCCACCACGGCGUACAUGCUGAGACUGAAGCAGCCUCGAGCCAGGAAGAUGUUAGAUGAAGGGGUGAUAGUUGCCCUGGGCAGUGAUUUCAACCCGAAUGCAUAUUGUUUUUCAAUGCCAAUGGUCAUGCAUCUGGCCUGUGUGAACAUGAGAAUGUCCAUGUCGGAGGCCUUGGCUGCUGCCACCAUCAACGCGGCUUAUGCACUGGGAAAAUCUCACACGCAUGGAUCUUUGGAAGUUGGCAAACAGGGAGACCUCAUUGUCAUCAAUUCGUCCAGAUGGGAGCAUUUGAUUUACCAGUUUGGAGGCCAUCAUGAAUUAAUUGAAUAUGUUAUAACUAAAGGAAAAAUCAUCUACAAAAAAUGA